CAAGAAAAACACACCCACAUAGGGAUAGGCAGCCUCACAGAAAGGCGUGGGGCUGGGCAGUUCGGACGGUUUUGUACAGAGAGCUUCAAACUUUGUUUGGGGGACAUUUUUCCUCCUGAUCUUGCUGCUGAGGGCGUGCUGAAGGGUUUGUCUUCCUUUCCCCCCUCUAAUGUGCAACCCGGAGCUCACGGCGUGAGGCGUUUCCCCGCGACGAGGAUGGAAUGCAGGAGGCUGCUCUGAAUUUAGUCGCCGAGUUUCCUGAAGUUAGUUACCUGGGGAUCUCUCACUCACUCCCGAGGCCGACACUUGCUCUUGUCUGAAGGGCGAAGGGGCGGGCGGAAGGUGCUUUCCCUUCCUGCAUUUUUUUGUUUGGUUUUUAACAAACAUUUUUUACCUCCACGCUAAAUCACCAACAAAGUUGCGAGGAUGAGUAGUUUUGAUUCGGACGAGGAACAGAUGGAAAUGGAAGAAUUCCCUGAUGGAGAUGAGGAGUUUUGCGUACAAACUUACACCCCCAACUAUGGAGCACUGCCUGGACAAGAGCAACGCGCAGUUGAACUGGGCCCUUGUAAUAAAGAGUCAACUUUCUUAGUCCAGUCCAAAUAUGGGGUUGAGUUUAAUGGGAAUGAAGACUCUGUGUUUUUCGCUGAUGGUCAACGUCGAAUUGACUUUAUAUUGGUUUACGAAGAGGAGCAGAGGAAACCAGGUGAUCGAAAGAAAAUGCGAUCAAUUCUAAGCAAAAAGAGGAAAAGAGCUCUCUUUCAAGAAAACUUAAAGAAAGCAGGUCUGCAGAUAGAAGCUACAAGAUCAGUUUUAGAUUUCAAGACAAUUUUCCUGAAACUCCAUGCACCCUGGGAAGUCCUCUGUCGUUACGCUGAAGUCCUUCACAUAAAACUACCUCUAUUUAGCAAUGAUUUAAAACAGAAGACCUCCACUUUUAACUGCAUCACCAAGCUUUUUUCAGUGGAUGAAGAGAAAAUUCCACCAGAGGAUGAAUAUUUCACUGCACCAUUUGAGAUGAACCGUAUAAAAAGUUUCCACACUGAAAAUCGUGAUGCCUUUUUCACACCAGCAACUCGAAGCAGGAUAGUCAAUUAUAUUUUGAAUCGCAGUGAAUAUAAAAGAGGAAAACCCAGCAAGUUUGGUAUUACUAAACUUCUGGACUCAAAUACAUACAAGGCAGCUUAUACACUCCAUGAUUGUAAAUUCAACCAGAAAUCGUCAGACCCAUUGUGUCCCAAUGAAAGGUUCCUUCUAUACCAGGAGUGGGCUCAUCCCAAGAACUUUUACAAACUGCAGCCUUUGGACCUCAUCAGGAAGUAUUAUGGAGAGAAGAUUGGAAUAUACUUUGCUUGGCUUGGUUUCUACACGGGCAUGUUGGCCAUUGCUGGGUUUACUGGUCUCCUGUGUUUUAUCUUUGGAAUACUAACAAUGGAUCACAAUACUUGGAGUCAGGAAGUAUGUGAUCCUGAGAUUGGAGGUCAUCUCAUCAUGUGUCCUCAAUGUGACAGAGAUUGUUUCUACUGGAGACUCAAUAUUACAUGUCAAUCUUCAAGGAAAUUAUCUAUAUUUGACAAUUAUGGAACACUGGCAUAUGCAGUAUUUAUGGCAAUCUGGGUGACUGUCUUUUUGGAAUUCUGGAAGCGUCGUCAGGCGGAAUUGGAGUACGAAUGGGACACUGUGGAAUUAGAACAGGAAGAGCCACGCCGUGCAGAAUAUGAAGCAAAGUGCACAAUGCGAAGGAAGAAUCCAAUCACACAGGAAGAGGAGAUGGUGCCCUAUUCUGCUUGUGGAAAAUGUAUGAGGAUAUUUUGUGGUGGAACUACAGUCCUUUUCUGGAUUUCACUAAUUAUUGCCUCAGUAGUUGCCAUCAUUGUCUAUCGACUGGCUGUCUUUUUUGAAUUUUCCGUCAACCUCCCUAAGGCAAUGGAUAAUGACCUGGAGCCUCUCAAAGACUAUUUAACUCCUCAGAUGGCCACUACUGUCACAGCUUCUCUCAUUAACUUUGUGUUCAUUAUGAUUUUGAACAUAAUCUAUGAAAGAGUCGCAAUACUGAUUACAGAUUUUGAGCUUCCAAGAACCCAAACGGAUUAUGAAAACAGUUUGACUUUGAAGAUGUUUCUCUUCCAAUUCGUCAACUACUAUUCCUCCUGCUUCUACAUAGCUUUCUUUAAAGGCAAAAUUGUAGGUUAUCCGGGAGAGCCAGUUUAUUGGUUGGGACGAUUCAGGAAUGAAGAGUGCGAUCCUGGUGGCUGCCUUAUAGAACUCUCAACCCAACUGCUCAUAGUGAUGGGAGGAAAAGCGAUAUGGAACAACAUUCAAGAAGUUCUCAUUCCGUGGUUAAAGAAUCUCAUAAGUCGUUGCAAGACUAAAAGCUCAGAGAAUGUGCUCCCCAGAUGGGAACAAGAUUAUCAGCUGCAAUCCAUGUCAAAGUUGGGCUUGUUUUACGAAUACCUUGAAAUGGUGAUUCAGUUUGGAUUUGCCACAAUCUUUGUGGCAUCGUUUCCCCUGGCACCCUUACUGGCACUGAUCAAUAACAUCAUUGAAAUUCGAGUAGAUGCAUGGAAAAUAACUACUCAGUUUCGACGCAUUCUUCCAGCCAAAGCACAAGACAUUGGAACCUGGCUUCCAAUUCUCAAUGGAGUGGCUAUUUUUGCUGCUGUAACAAACGCAUUGAUCAUUGCAUUUACUUCUGAUAUGAUACCGAGGCUUGUUUACUACUGGACGCUAUCAGUGGUACCCUAUGGAGAGUACAGCGGCCCAACGAUGCGUGGUUACACCAAUAGUACCCUCUCUGUUUUCAGAAUCGCUGACUUCAGUAAUAUCAGCAAGCCCAUCAACUUACCUUCUUGGUUUGACCCUGAAACGCAGACCACUUGCAGGUAUCGUGACCUCAGAUAUCCACCUGGGCAUCCUCUGGAGUAUUACCAUAGCCUUUAUUUCUGGCAUAUAAUGGCUGCCAAGCUCGCAUUUAUUAUUGUUAUGGAGCACGUUGUAUUUGGAGUGAAAUUCCUCGUGUCGUACUGGAUUCCUGAUGUUCCGAAACACAUUAAAGAACAAAUUAAACGCGAGACGUAUUUAACACAGAAGAUUCUGCAUGAAUCUCACCUUUCAGAAUGGCGCAACAAAAUGACAGAUGCAACCAAAAGCUUAAUGAAAGGUUCAGUAAGCCUGAAAUAACACAACGAGGACAUGGACAUAUAAAUAACUGAUAACCGAGCAUAUGGAAUAUGAUCGGUAAUUACUCAAAUCAUGUAUUGCACAAAACUGUUAUCUUUAAUGUAACUUUUUUAUAUGGGGUGGGGGGUGGCCUUAAAUGCUAAUCUGUUUGAUUAUCAAGAGAGGAUAUUUUUAGUUACAAUGUAUAUAAACCUGUGAAUGCCUUAUGUUUUUCUAUUUGUUCCACUGAAUUUUAUCUUGAGUUACAUUUAAACUAUCAAAUUGCUCAAGUUAUUUCAGUAUAAUUCUUUAGGAAGAUUAUUUGUUUUAUUGCACUUCAAGAAAAAUUAAAUUUUGGAACUCAUAAUUGGGGGAUGCUGUGAACAAAUAAGGAAAAUCUUUACAUAUUUUUUGAUAAUUUUCAACUGAAAAUUGGGGAAACAAUAAUGCCAUUCCAUGUGUCCCAACUGAUAUGAUAUGAUGUGUCUCAACAUUUCUUUGAAUUAAUUAUCUAAGUGAAGGAACAGUUCCGGGAGAAAACAGAUGGUAUUUAAUGUAGUCUGCACUUUCAUGGCAAUCCUGUAAUAGGUUGCAAGUAUUAAGUGCACGGAGAGAAGGAUAAUUUCAUAUUUUGAUACACGACUAAGUUGAUGAUAUCAGUGGUUUCUCCUACAUUGACCAUUUGCUUAUUAAACUUAAUCUGUACAUAGGUCACAACAUGCUGAUAGCAGUUAAGGUGUUUACCAUUCCAUUUGUGCAAUUUGCCUGGGGGAUUGUGGAAACCCCUAAGAGGUUUAAACCUCUGAGAUGUGCACCUUUACGCACACUGGAGGCAACAUCUGAUUUCCUGGCACCAAGAUUUCAAAAGGUUGCCCCAGUAUCUUCAAACUUGGAUCAGUGUAGUAACCAUCAGAUGGGGGCUUUUAUUGAAACUGUCAGGCACGUUUAUGUCUGGAUAACAGAGCAUAAGAAAUAUGAUCAGGAACACCUCAAAUCAUGUCAAUCAUUCAAUAAGAACAUGGAUGCAAUAUUGGCUCGGCUUUACUUUUAAAUGAUACCCUCAUUUCCCUUAGUGUCCAACUGUAAUAAUUUGAGCCUUGACUAUACUGUGACCAAUAUCCACCAGCUCGUGAAACAGAGAAUUCCAAUAUUUUAGAUCCUCUGGGUAAAAUGAUUUCCUCCCCAUUUUUCAAAGUUGUUGGCCCCUUAUUUUGAGUCUAUGCCCCUAAUUGGGGUCUGUAUGGUUGCAAAAUAUAGGCUAUUAUUUUAAUCUAUUCAGGCGGGAUGUGAUUUAAACUUUUAGUGACCAGCAGUGAUAAGACUGGUGAAAUAUUAAUGCAGAACAGUACUCUAGAGGAUAAUACUUUUCAUUCCAAAGAACGCUUGUUAAUAAUUGUUCUUUAUGCCAUUUUUAUUAUAAAGAUAACCUAUUAUGAUGAUUUGUGCAUCAAUCUAUCUAUGGAUCAAUAGACUUUUUAGUUUUUUCUGUUGGUCCUGACAGUCUGGCUCUAAAGGGAGGUCAGUGUAUGCUUGAGGUUUUUUUUUCAAUUUUCAAUCAAUUUAACAAUGUCAACUCAGUAAAAGCCACACUGUCCUUUGUGUGAAAAGGUGAAAAAGAAAGCAAAACAAUAUGAAGCCAUUUUUUAUAUUUUUAUAUAUCAUGUCCGGCUUGAAAAGAUUUGUUCAUUAAAAGAUUGUUUAAAUAUUUUUAAAUCAGCAGAAACUCUAUAAAAUUGGGUGGGUGGGGCACAAACAAGGGGAACGAGAUAUUUAUUUGUUUGCUGGUGGCUAGUUUUGUUUUAUUCGUUAAUGGGGUCUGGUUCUCAUCAACAAAACCAACAUUUAUUGCCCAUCCAUUGUUACCCAUGUGAAGGCAAUGUUGAGCCAUCCUUUUGAAUUUUAAAAGAAUUUCAACUUCAAAAAGAAUUUCAAACAGUAUCUUUUGCAUCAAAGGUACAGUUUGAUUGUGUGCUGGACCCAUCAAUGAUGAAGAAACAAUCAGGAUAGUGAAAUGCUUGGGAAGGGAAUCUGCAUAUAACAAUGAGCCUAUAUACCACCCACCCUUGUUCUCCUAGAUGACAUUGGCCAUGGGUUUUGGAAUUGCUGUCAAAGAUAAAGUGAGAUGCCGUAGAUUGUCUUUUAGACAUUACAUACAGCAGGGGUGAUAUACCAAUAGUGAAAUAAAUAAACAUUUGACAUCUGGAUUGGGUGCUGAUAAAGGAGUUGCAUUGUCUUGCAUGGCGUUGUGCUGCUCGAAUGAUGUUGCAGCUGUACUGAUUUGGACAAAGUGAGAAUGUUCCACCACACUCUUGACUUGUAUCUUGCAAAUGGUGGAAUGGCUUUGAGAAUCAGCUGAUGAGUCACUUGCCAUACAUUACCCAAGCUCUGAACUGUUUUCAGAACCAUAGUAUUUAUAUACCUAAUCCUGUCAACUUUCUGGUCACUGCUGAUUCCCCGGAUGUCACUAUGGGAAUGUCAUUUAAUGUCCAGGAGAAUAGGUUGUCGGGGUAUUCUUGAUAGAGGAUCAUUGAUUGUACUGUGAAUAUUAUUUUCCACUCAUCACGUCUGAGCAUUCUCCAGGUUUGUUGUAUGCAGGCACAAACUGCAUCAUUUUCUGAAUAAUAAUAAUAAAUGGAAUAGAAUGCUGUACAAUCUUCACCAAACAUUCCCAAUUCUGAACGUACAGCAGAGUGAAAGCUAUCCACUCUUGACUGUGAUAGCCAUUGACAAACCAGCUGAAGAUGAUAAGACAUGGAAUGUUAUAUGGUGGAACAUAUUUAGCUCAAACGUGGAGGUUUUUAUGUAUGACCCAAAUCAGUGGCCUGAGAGUUCAUGUUGGAGCACAUACUUAGAAACUACUAACAAAAGGAAUGAUCAGAGCAAUGGUAAUGGAUUUCCUCUGAGACUUUUUAGUUUAACAGAAAGUCCACAGAUGUUUUUUAAGGUUUUUGCAGAUAAUCUGCCAAAAUUAUGCUCAGCACAAAAUCAUAAUCUUUGAUUAAUUGAUUCCAGAACAGAUUUUAGCCAAAAUAAAAAAUGAUUCCAAGGAAAUAUGUGGACUUCCUUUCCAGAUGAUUGGAUACUUUUCAAGGCAAUGGAAAAUUCCAUAUAUUAGUUCCACAAUGCCCAUUUUAUAAAAGGCUGCUAGUCUUCCAUUGCUUGAGGAUAACCAUCUUUAGGGAGUGAGUGUGUAGGAAGGAACUGCAGAUGCCGUUUACACUGAAGGUAAACACAUAAUGCUGAAGUAACUCAGGCAACAUCACUGGAGAAAGGAAAUGGGUUGUGUUUCAGAUUGAGACCCUUCAGACCGAGAGGCAGACUAGAGGUAUGAAAAGGUACAGAACCAAUUAGAGCCAGCACCGAUGGCCAAAGAGCCCACAAUGGUCCAUUGUUGGCUGUGGAGGAGGUGAUAACGAGGGGAUACAAACAGUAAAACUGUCAGGAUGUCUAGGGUUGUGAAGGGACGGGGAGAGAGAGAGAAAGCAAGGGUUACUUGAAAUUAGAGAAAUCAAUAUUCAUAUUGCUGGGUUGUAAGAAGCCCUAGUGAAAUAUGAGUUGCUGUUCCUCUAAUUUGCGUGUGGUCUUACUCUGACUGUAGAGGAAGCCCAGGACAGACGGUCAGUAUGGGAACGGGAAGGGGGGUUAAAAUGUUUGGCAAACGGGAUAUCCGUUCACACUUUCUUAAUCACGGUUAAUUACAUACAGUUGCACUUAUGCUUUAAAAAACUGAGAAAUCAUCCUGUGAAAUAUUUACCAGAAAGAAAUGAUCUGUGAAAUGUUUUUAGGCCAUCUUUUGCUCUUAAUGUCAAAAUACAUAACCAUAUCUGUGCACUAUAUUCCUUUUUGUGCAUAACUAUAUAUUUUAUAUUGAAAUAACAUUUGGGUUUUUUUUCAACAUAAAGCAUUUACCAACUAACGCAUUUUAUUUUUAAUUAUAUAAUCAUGCUCCUCAAUAAAUAAUAGCUAAUUAAGGUAAAUCAAUACAGAUGUGCCGACUACAUCAUUAAAAAUGUAAUGGUGUAGAUAUACAUACCAUUAUUGACAUCGAUUGUUAGGCAGCAGCAAGAUUACAAUUUGCAUUUUUAUAAUUCUGUAUGCUAAUUAAAACAAAUAAUUCCCUAUCCAUUGAGGAGAAUCUUUAAGAUGCAAAAUUUGUUGAUGUGUCAUCAAAUGGAUUGGGGCAGCAGUUUAAAAAAAAAACUAAAUAGAUGGUCUGAGCACACAAAAGCAGUUAUAUACCAUUUGCGUCUGAAACAUCUGUUAUGAAUGUCAUUUAUGAGUGUGAUACACGGGAUAAUCUUUCACUAAUAUUCCAAUGAAUAUUGAAAGAUUCAUUAAUAUUCAUAGAUUUAAUCCUGUUUAAUUCAACAAAAAUAUUAUUUUAUCGUCCUGUCAAUAAUCAUUGGUUAUCAAUUCCUGGGAGCACUUCUUUUGUAUCAGUUCAAGGAUGUAUUUUACCAUUAAAUUAUUUUAAAGUAAGUUUAUUACAUAAUUCUACAAAAAAAAAA